AUGAACACAGCUAAUACCUUCCCGCACAUCCUUCCGUUCAUCAGGAAAGAGAUCUUGAGAAGUACCUGUCCCGAAUGGGAGAACCUCGAUCGACAGCAGAUUGGGCCGGAUAUCGUCUUCCUCGUGCACCUUGGCUCAGGAGGAAAUGGGUUCCGCGACACAGUCCACGGAGGCGUACUCGGCGCACUUCUCGACGAAGCGCUAGGAUGCUGUAUCGAAUCUUGGGCCUGUCAGGUCUAUAACAGUGAACCGGCAUCCUCGGGGACGCGACCACGCUUGUAUACCGCUAACCUGAAUAUCUCAUAUCGUGCGCCGGUAGAAUCACCGGGUAUCAUUAUCGUGCACGCCUGGCUCAAAAGCAGGGAGGGAAGGAAGUGGUUUUUAGAUGCCAAGAUUCUAGGUGACGAUAAUCGCACUCGAGCGGAGGCUUCGGCCUUGUGGGUCAGUGAAAGGGUUGCCUCCAUGUAA